AUGGCUCGCUUCUUGGAUCUGCCACUCGAAGUUCUACCUCUAAUUUUGCGACAUAUCCUUCGCCCAAAUCAUCUUGCUGCUCUCUGUCUGGUCGACCAUUAUUUUCGCGCUUUUGCCAUUCCUCUGUUGUACGAGCAUGCAUUCAUCUAUGCAUGGCAGAAGGAGGCGAAGGCGAAGGUGAAGAAACUGUUCAGGACACUCUCCGAUCAUCCUACGCUCGCAUCGCACGUUAAGAGGCUGGUCAUCUGUGACUUUCCGAAAGCCCUCCAGUCUGCAGAUCAGGAGAAUGUACUUGACAUCUGUCUGAGGGGCAUCAUAAAUUGCGUCAACCUCAAAUCUUGUACCUGGACUCGCGAUGGGUCUCUGACGUCCAGCGUGCUCGAAGCGCUCCUGUUCUGCACGCAACUCAAGGAGCUCGAGAUCAACGGCUCGCAUCACGGCCGCUAUGACCCAUCCAUCCUUGCGAGAUUUAGCCGCCUGCGCAAGAUCACCCUGAUCAUGCCCAGCAGCGCAGUGAUCAACACUCUACCCUGCUGGAUGCGGUAUACGGGCGACACGCUGCGGCAUCUCAGCCUCAUCUGCAAGUCUCCUGCGGCAGUGACUGACACGCUAUUAGAAAUGCUCGCCCCGCACAUCUCUAAGCUCGAGCACCUUUACCUUGCCGGGUGUCGGAAAGUGACCGAACGAGGAGUGCUAGCGAUUCUGGCAGCAAGCGAGAACGGGCUCCUGAGCUUGGGCUUGGAAGGCAUCUCGGACCAUUUUGAUAUGAAACACUUAAGCGAGCAAUGCGCCCGCACGGGUGCUCUCGUCCAUCUGCGUUCUAUCACGCUCGCCGCGCGCAUGGCGCCCGAAUCGAUAGUGCACGCUGCCGCACGCCGUACCCACUGGUGGGACACGGACGUCCUCGCCCUACUGGCGCCCGCGCCGCUCGAGCAGUUCCACAUGUCUACAAUCGGUGGGGAGAUCGAGCCCACGCUGAGCGACGUGUUCUGCCACGCGAUCGUGAAAGUGCACGGCCUGCGACUCAGGCGAUUCUCCAUACACCGCAUGCCCGUGAGCCUCAGUGCGAUCGCAGACGUCUGCCACUGCUGUCCGUUACUCGAGCAGCUGUUCGUCGUCAUGGACCAGGAUGCGCUGGACGAGCUAGGGCCCUGUCUUGCGGAAGCGCACAGGCUGCGCACUGUCCACGUUAAUCGGCCACUCCUCACGUCUGGGGACGCUCCUGUCGUCUCUUCCGAGCUAAUCUUGUCUCUCGUCCGUCAGUGCCCACCGACCCUCACGCAUUUCGGAUCCAACACGAGAGUGUAUCAAGUCGAACGAGUCCCAAUCGUGGAAGAAGACGGUACCAUCACUAUUGAUGUACGUCUCUCAUCAUACGAGAGUCCGGAGGUUCCGGAGCAGUUCCUCGUCGUACGUAUGUGA